CAGAGUGUGUCUUCAACCGUGUGUACUGUGUGUGUUUUAGGUCAUGUUCACAGAGGAGGAUGUGAAGUUUUAUCUGGCAGAACUCGCUCUGGCCCUCGAUCACCUUCACAGCCUGGGCAUCAUUUACAGAGACCUGAAGCCAGAGAACAUCCUGCUCGAUGAAGAGGGACACAUCAAGCUGACCGACUUUGGCCUCAGCAAGGAGUCCAUAGACCAGGCGAACAAGGCCUACUCCUUCUGUGGGACGGUGGAGUACAUGGCUCCCGAGGUGGUCAACAGGCGAGGACACACGCACAGCGCCGACUGGUGGUCGUAUGGCGUGCUCAUGUUUGAGAUGCUGACGGGAACGCUGCCGUUUCAAGGCAAAGACCGGAAAGAGACGAUGACCAUGAUCCUCAAGGCCAAGUUGGGAAUGCCACAGUUCUUGAGUCCAGAAGCUCAGAGUCUCCUCAGGAACCUUUUAAACGCAACCCUGCCAACAGAUUAG